AUGAGCACGGUCAUGGGGCCAAAGUACAAGUUGACCCAGGCCGAUAUUGCGGUCAACUACUACCUUGUCCUCGGUGUCGGUGCCCGUUGGGGUAACGACGACAUCCAGAAGCACAUCGUCGCAUACGACAAGGCGUACGGUGGUUUCAUCCCUACGCGGCACCACGAGCGCGCGUUCUGGUACUUGCGUCGCCGUGCCCGCGAGGUGCUCCUCAGCCCCCUGCGCGAAGCUUACGACAAGCAGCGCCGCCUGUGGUACCUCGGUGCGCACGGGACGCACAACGACCUGAUCAUGCUCAAGUUCGAGAGCUGUCCCGACUUCUUCUACAUGGAUGCCGAGGUCGACCUGUGGUCGUGCAUCCACGCGUUCAUCUUCCACUGCACGCCUCUUCCCAAGCUGCGCAUUGGGGGUCGCCACAUGAUUCUCGCUCACUUCGUGUGGGCCUCGCGCACCCUGCUCCUCCAGUACUGGCGCAACCGCUCCGAGGACAAGCUCGCGGACAGCAUCCAGGGCGCCUACAACGUGAGCUACAAGUACAUGGAGGCGCUCAAGGGGCUCUGCGGGAACAACCCCCUCUGGACCGACCGCCAAUGGCGCCGUCUCCUCGACAUUCUCACGCAGCACAACAUGGUCGCCGCAUUCCGUCACGGCGAGCGCCGUGCGUGGCUCUUCUUCACCGUCAAGUUCCUCGAGGCUCUCUACCCCGACAGCGAGGCGAAGGAUAUCAUGAUCCAGGAGCUCGAGAUGGCGGGCAGCAUCGACGCUCAGAAGUUCCUCGACGUCAGCGCCGACAUGGUCGUCAUGGGCAAGCACCUCGCGCACCAGAUUCCCUGGGGCCCGGACUAUAAAGAUGCGUGCGCUGCCAUCGGCCGCAAGCCCAGGAAGGACUUCAAGCUGCCCUGGUACGAGGGCGAGGAGCUCUCGCGCGCCUUCACCGCCUGGUAUGCUCACAUGCGCCAGAGGCUUGUAGCGGGCGAGUCGUUCACGGAGUGGGACGCUGAGGAUCUCGCGGCCCUGUGGCAGGAGUACCUCGGCGAGUCGGCCGAGGCGUACGCUUGUAGCACCAACGAGUUCCCGCCCCGCCCUCGCUUCCUAAACGAUCACCGCGUGAUUCGUGCCGAAACCGAGGCGGCGAUGGCGAGCUACAGUGUCAGUUCCAGCGCCCGCUCCAGCAGGAGGGGCAGGAAGUCUGUCACCACUCCUGACCUUACGCCCGAUGUUACUCCACACGCGACGCCGCACCUCUCCGCCACUGAAGGCGCACUGCUGCCCGCUGAAAAGUUCGACUUGGACUCGCGCCGCAUGUCGCCCGACGACCUGCUCCUGCUCGCUCUCAACGACGAGAAGGCGUACUUCGCCGAUAAGAGGAGGGGCAAGAUGAAGGCUACAGAGCCGGUGGCAGAACCUGAGACGCCCCGCGGUGGCCCACCUCACAAUGUCAGGGAGGUCUCCGUGCGCCUUCGUAACGCUCUCGAGAAGACGGUCAACGCCUCGCGCACGUGGAAGCCUGAGGUCGAAGAGCAGGUCGCAGUCUGGCGCGAAGAGCACGGAUACGAGCACGCUGUUCCUCGCAUCCCCGCCUCUGCGUUCAAGACGAUCAAGGACGAGGUCGUGCGCAAGAAUGCCGAAGAGCUCGUCAAUGAUCUCAGGCGCGCCUACGAGAUCAACGCAUACUUCGCUCGCGAGAACUUGUCCGCCCCUGACAUGCGCAAGAACGACGACGACGGUGACGUCUUCAUUGCUAUCUGCGAUGCCAUCGACGCCGAGUUUGCGACCGAUGCGCUUGCGACCGAAUAUCCUGCGCCGAAGGACAAAGUUCACUACGACGAGGUCGUGACCAUUCCCUCUGAGGAUGACUACGAGGCGCUUGCGAUCGGCGACAUCUCGGACACGUACAAGCGUCCCACUUCGAUUGGGCGCGGUGCUCCUGUCGACACUUCUGGCAACUUGACCCAGAUCGAUAUCGACGACGACCCCUUUGCGUUCCACGGUGGCAGCUCCUCGACCUCUCGCCGGGAUGACAUGGAGAUGCCCCCUACUCCUCGCCCGUCGCACCUGCCUCCUCCGCCCGGUCUUGGGCCACUCCCCGUGAUCCGCAGGUUGCAUGCAUCUGCCCAGAAUUCCUCUGACAGCAAUGCCUCUAAGCUCCAGAACGCAACGCGCGAGCGCGAGAACAAAGAUCUCGAGGAGGCGUACGACGCCCUCGCCAAGCACGCCACGCUGGUUGACAAGUUCUCGAGCAGCUCGGACUCCGACUCCGACUCGGACGAGGGCUGGGGCGACGCCGAGAUCCUGUACAAUUCUGUUCUCUCUCAAGACCCCAAGGAAACCAACGACGAGUCUCCCGAGCCUGUCAGCCGCGAGGGCGCAACCUCCCGCGCUGGCCACCGCGAGGACAAGAAAUCCAGCAAAACCUCCAAAAUUAAGAAGGCCGUGAACAACGAGUACGACGACUUCCGCCUCUCUGACGGUGAGGACGACGAGAACGAGGAGCACAAGAAGGGAAAGGUUAUCAAUGUCCGGUCUUCUUCCAACAAGAAGGAAGCUGGGAAGAGCGCUCAGUCGGAGUCGCUCCCUGACGCCGGCAUUGGGGGUAAGCCCGACCCAUGGACCGACCCUCAUGGCUACCACAAGUGGAGGUGUGCGACCACCAGCAACAGCUCCAAGGUCGCUCCGGUGAAGAUCAAGACCCCAGGGGAUAGCAGUGCCGGUAUUGCUCCUCCUCUUUCGAUGAAGUCGGGCCGCGGCGCCAGCCUGCUCCGCAAUGAUGGUGACAGAAUUGUCCCCAUUGUUGACCUGACUGGCGCGAAUGCUACGGAGGGCGCCUCGGCCGCUCGUGCGUAG